CCAUGGCAUUUUUUAAUGGUGAUACCGGCCCAGCCAAUUGGAAAGAGCCAAGUUUCAUGUCGACAUCAUGCUUCUUGUUCACGCCAUAUUUUAUCUAUUAUUUCAUCACCCACCAAACCUAUCUCCAUCUUUGUCUUCGGACCUUCAUGUCUCACAAUGGAAGGGUUUAUUAUUUCAGAAAUGGCGAAGCGGGUGCGAGACAUAUUAUCCAUGUUUGUCUUAGCAAUAUUCUCCAAGGUAAUUGGCACAAAGCUGUACUCGAGAAGGAGCGCACCAGCUGAGCCCGAGAGUGAGGCUAACGUGUGCUUGAGCUGGCGUCUGGCGGUGGAAGCUAACAACAUGCCGGGAUGGAGCACCGUUCCACUUCAUUGCCUUAGCCAUGUUGAAACUUACAUGAUGGGUGGACAAUACGAGCAGGACGUUAACUACAUCGUGGAACAAAUAGAGAGUUACGUUAGCCAAGUAGUUUUGAAAGGCGAUGGCUGCGAUGGCUGCGAUGCCUGGAUCCUGGAUAUUGAUGACACCUGCAUCUCAAAUCUCUUUUACUACAAGGAUAAGAAUUACGGGUGUGACCCUUUUGAUCCUGGGGAUUUCGUGGCGUGGGUAAUGAAGGGAGAGUGUCCAGCGAUUCCUGCAAUACUUGGAUUGUUUACCAAGCUGGUGGAGGGUGGAUUUAAGGUGUUCCUGCUUACUGGGAGAGACCAACAGACCUUAGCCCCUGCUACCAUUGCUAAUUUGCAUAACCAAGGAUUUAUCGGCUAUCAUAGGGUGAUUUUUAGGAACCAAUCAUUCAAAGGGAAAAGUGCAGUGGCGUUCAAGUCAGAAGUUCGAAAGCAAUUAGUGGAAGAAGGGUAUAGGAUAUGGGGGAAUGUUGGGGACCAAUGGACCGAUUUGCAAGGGGAAUGCUUGGGCAACCGCACUUUCAAAAUCCCUAAUCCUAUGUAUUGUGUUCCUUAGUCCCUAGAAUUUAGGGAUUACUCUGCAAUGAACUUGUCAAUAUCAUUUAUCAUAACCCCAAAGAAUUUUUUGGUAAAAAGUGGUUGUUAGUAAAAUUAGGUGAUGGUAGUUUGUUGAAUAAAUUGUACAAGCGUUUUUGGCAUAGGUUCUUCCUAUUUGGAAUCCAAAGUCAAAUCAUUGAAGGAAAAACUUCCUCAUCCAAAAUUUAUGUACAUAUUUGUACAAAAUUAGAUUUAAGGUUAGUAAGUUAUAUAA